UUGAGACUGUGCAUCGACUAUAGGGCUCUCAAUAAGGUGAUAGUUCGCAACACAUACCCCAUUCCUCUAAUCGCUGAUUUGUUCGACCAGCUAAGUGGAGCCAAAUACUUCACAAAGUUGGACUUGAGAUCGGGCUAUUAUCAGGUGCGGAUUGCAGAUGGGGAUGAACCAAAGACUACGUGUGUUACUCGAUACGGAGCAUUUGAGUUUCGAGUAAUGCCGUUUGGGUUGACAAAUGCACCUGCUACCUUCUGUACACUAAUGAACCAAGUAUUCCACGAGUAUCUAGAUAAGUUCGUGGUGGUGUACUUGGAUGACAUCGUGGUUUAUAGCGCCUCGAUUGAAGAGCAUCAAGAACACUUGGCUCAAGUGUUUUCAGAAGUUGAGAGAGAACCAGCUAUAUGUGAAGCGAGAGAAGUGCUCGUUCGCACAGGAGAGCAUCAAGUUCUUAGGCCACGUGGUGGAACGUGGCCGUAUUCGUAUGGAUCUGGAGAAGGUGAGGGCAAUCCAGGAAUGGAAAGCCCCCACAAACGUGAAAGAUAUUGGAAUAUCACAUUUGAUGAGACAAUUAAAACAUAUGACUUCGAACAAAAUGUCAACGAAGAAUUUCUGUAUAAACAUAUCAUUCUCCUCAUUGGUAACAAUGUAGAGACAUUGUCAAUUGUGAAGACAUGGUCAGCUGAAAAGUUUCAAAUGAAAGACAUGGAAUCCGAAAAUGUGUUCGAUAUGUACUAUGCUCCCGAGGCUCCUGAAGCUCCUGCGAGCAAGAAGAAAGCAAGCAAGUGGCAUCACGGGGAAAGCAGUAAAGCGCCUCCGGCCAAGAAAACCCGUACUGCUGACCCUCCAACAGACGUACCUUCCACAAAUGCAACACCACCUCCUUCUCCCCUCGAUCAGCAAACUCUGCCUGCUCCAGCUGGGUCGACACCUUCCCCGCUAGCUCCAGCUGACAAGACUCAGCAGGCUGCCCCUGCUUCCACAUAG